AAUCUCAAAUCAACUCUCUUUCUCUCUAUCUUUGGCUCUUGAAAAAUGGAUGUUCACAAGAGAUUUUUCAUAUCAAAAAGUGAAGAAGAGAUGGACGUAAAGAAAGGUCCAUGGACAGAAGAAGAAGACUCCAUGCUUAAGGCGUAUGUCAAUAUCCAUGGCGAAGGUCGCUGGAACUCUGUUGCUCGCUUAUCAGGAUUGAGAAGAACGGGAAAAAGCUGCAGAUUGAGAUGGCUGAACUAUAUGCGACCUGAAAUCAAACGGGGAAAUAUCAGCCUGGAAGAGCAGCUAUUGAUUCUUGAACUCCAUUCUCGCUAUGGCAACAGGUGGUCGAAAAUUGCCCAACACUUGCCCGGAAGGACAGACAAUGAAAUAAAGAACUACUGGAGAACAAGAGUCCAGAAGCAGGCGAAGCAUAUGAAAUGCGACGUUAACAGCAAACAAUUCAAGGACGCCAUGCGUUACGUUUGGAUCCCCCGUCUGAUCGAACGGAUCCGUGCUUCAUCACAGUCAACCACGGCUAAACCUUCCACCAUCACCGGCAUAACAACUGAGUCUGACUCGGUCCACAUUGACCCAAGUCUCCUGCCCGAAUUAUCAGGCGCUUCAUGGGACUCCCAAGUCUCUUCCGUGUCGGGCCUGACAGAUUGUUACAAUCCACAAAGCGUUUCGAACUACGUGGCAGCUGGAACAUGGUUCGAAGAUGAUGGGGUGCUUGAAUUCCAGGCGACGGAGGAGCAUAGCAAUGGUUGGUCGGUUGGUGGUGGUGGAGAGUCCUCGAUGGAGACGGUGUGGAAUGAAGAGAAUAUUUGGUUUUUACAGCAGCAGCUUCAUGAUGAGGACUAGACUAAUCACUAAUGA